AGCAUUCCAUGUGAAUCUUUUGUUACGAACAACAUACAACUCUCGCAUUCUAAUCGACUUUUUGAAAACUCAAAGGAACGUUUUGGUUCUGAUUAGAUUUAAUAUUCCAACCAAAGAGAAUCAUCCAUCAGACGUACUCAAGAACCUUGCGUCAGACCACUAGUGGGUGCAUGAAUUGACGGGAUACAUCCCAAUUUCUAAUAUUCUUAACAAAUUUAUUCUUCACUUGUUCGACAUCAAAAUUCACGUUUUGCUUGUUCCGUCUCUAAUCAAGAAUUGAAACACUUCGUCAGUCCGUACACCCACUGGCGGAUCCCCGAACGUCUUCUAUCGUCAUUCGCAGCACAACAAGGCCAGCGUAUCCUCAAGGUUUCAAGUGCGACGGCAAAAUGGCAAGUCGAGCUGCCAACAAAAGGUUAACCCGUGAAUACAAAACCAUCUCCGAAAAUCCUCCUCCAUACAUCGAAGCCCACCCCUCCGAAUCCAAUAUCCUCGAAUGGCAUUACAUCCUCACCGGACCUCCCGAUACUCCCUAUCAUGGUGGACAAUACUGGGGCACCCUUUUGUUCCCUCCCAACUAUCCAUUUGCGCCUCCCUCGAUUAAAAUGCACACGCCAUCCGGGCGUUUCCAACCCUCCACUCGUCUUUGUCUAUCAAUCAGCGAUUUCCAUCCUAAGAGUUUCAAUCCCGCGUGGGAAGUCAGCACAAUAUUGAUAGGUCUAUUAAGUUUUAUGACAAGUGAAGAAAUGACAACGGGUUCAGUAAACGCAUCUAAAUCGGAAAGAAAAUGGGCUGCGAGUAGGACGAGAUGGUGGAAUAGCACCGGAGGAGGAAGUUACAAGAAAGACGGAACACAGAAGGGCAAUAUCAAGGCCGGAGACGGAGGCGCAAAGUUUAGAAGUGAAUGGGAAGAGUUGGAUAAGGAGAACUGGAAGUGGAUGAAAGAGAGGGGAGUCGAUAUUGUGACUGGAAACGAGGAAAAGAAAGAUGAGGAGGAGAAAGGAAGGGACUGCAGCGGAAUGGCGAUAAAGAGACCAGGAGGUAGUCAAGCUGUUGUGGGAGCUGUCGUAGAAGGUGGCAGAGAAGGAAGAAGUUGGUUACAGACGCAUAAAUACUGGAUCGCCGGUGGAGUGAUUUUCACGUAUGUCAUGAUUGCAAGAUUGCUCUCAGAAGGGCAUGAGCUAUAGAUGUGUACAUGGAUCGGUUUCUAAGCAUGGAGUUCAGGAUGGGAUAUGGUUUGUACAACAGAUCAGCGUCACUAAAUACUUUUUAUGAAGGUAGCGAAAGCGUUGAUGGAGAUUUUUUUGAUUGGGAACAAGAAUAGUCAUAUUUUCAAUAUAACACCCCCUUUUAUUACUGACAAGAUGUU